UAUCCAUUGGUUCAUGCUGCCAAUGCUGGACUUCUUAAUGCGACAAUUGAUGACGCUCGACUUUGCAAACCGGGAACGCUUGAUACAACCAAAAUAAAGGGAAACAUAUUGAUCUGCAUUCGACGUGAUAAAACGUCAUCAAUAGCUCAGAGUUACGAAGCUGGUAAUGCUGGCGCAGUGGGAGUGUUUGUGGUCAAUGACGACAAAAGUGGCAACACACUUCUAGCCGAGCCUUAUAGUAUACCAGGUGCAAAUGUGGAUCCCUAUGAGGACGCGGAUAUAGAUGAACGUGAAUGGUGGGGAAAAGGAGGUUCCGACAAGAACAAUAGCAGGAAACUUGCUGCUUACAUGACUGUAGCAAGAACACAUUUAGGUAUAAAACCUGCUCCAAUUAUGGCUGGAUUCUCAUCCAGGGGUCCCAGUGCAGUGCAGCCAUUGAUACUUAAGCCAGACGUAACUGCCCCUGGUGUGAACAUAUUGGCGGCUUAUUCACUAGCCGCAAGUCCAUCAAAUCUACCAUCAGAUAGACGCCGUAUUCCUUUCAAUAUGCAACAGGGAACUUCUAUGUCAGGCCCUCAUGUUGCUGGUAUCGCAGGUCUUCUCAAAACACUUCAUCCUGAUUGGAGUCCAGCAGCUAUUAAAUCAGCCAUUAUGACUACUGCUACCACACUAGAUAACAACAACCUACCGAUUCGGGAUGCAUUUGAUCAGAUAGCAAGUCCGUUUGAUUAUGGCUCCGGACAUAUUCAACCUAACCAUGCAAUGGACCCUGGACUUGUCUAUGACAUGAGAACAAGGGAUUACUUGAACUUCAUAUGCGCUCAUGAUCACAGCCAAACUUUUCUCAGAUACUUUAACAGCAUCUCGUACAAUUGCCCAGAGUCCUACAACAUUGAAAAUCUUAACUAUCCUUCUAUCACGGUAGCAAAUCGAGGGAUGAACCCUAUAAAUGUUACUCGGACAGUUACCAAUGUGGGGACUCCAACUAGCACAUAUGUUGUGAGAGCUAACAUAACUGAAGGAUUUAAGGUUCUUGUUGAACCAAGUUCAUUGUCUUUUAAGACUAUUGGAGAAAAGAAGACAUUUCGGGUUAUUCUUCAGGCAAUGAGUUGGCCCAGUAACGGUUUUCCAGUAUUUGGGAACUUGUCUUGGACAGAUGGAAAUCACACAGUAACCAGUCCUAUUGUAGUUCUUUAACCUCAGAAAUUACUCUCAAGAAUGACAUCAUUACCAUCUUAGUAUGCUUUUGUGUUUGAUUUUAUUAGGAUGCAAGUCUUAAGUGUUUUUUCAGUAUUGGAAUGUUGUAUCGAACUUCGUUUCAUUGGAGCUUUGCUUGUAUUAGGCACCCUCAAAUCGUGCAUGGAGCUCAUCUGCUAGGUUUAUUCUAACUAUUAGAAUGUGAGAAGUUUUCAUGUGAAUUUGUUGUGAUUAUGAAACAUUUUGUUC